CUCCCGCCGGCCCACCGCCCCCGCUCCCCGUCGGCCUUCUUCCAGGGCUCUGGCUCGGCCGGCUGCUCGCGCCUGCGCGCAGGCCACGGAUCCUCCUCCGCGCGCGCCCUGCCCCCCACACGCCCUCGCUCGAACACACACUUCGCCUCUGUGACCCCGCCCCUCACCGGCCAGCUGCGUUGGCGGCCCUCCCCCACCUCGCCUGGGAGGGUGGUGACCCCCGACCCCCCAGAAAGCACAACACCCCCCCAAACAGUGGGGAGAAGCGCCCCGGUCCCCUUCAGCCGCCCUCUGCCCCAGUCAGCCCGUUACAGUCACACAACCUGAGGGCCGGGCGGCCUGGGCGAGGGCAGCCGUUGCCCGCCUCAAAGCGGGGGUCUCCCAGGGUCAGGCCUCUGGGCCGGGUCAGCCAGACUGCCCAGGGCGAGGGGGCGCAGGGAAGGGGCGCCUUCCCGCCGGCUGCCCUCCCCUCGCGCGCCCGCCGCUGGGCCGAGGCCGGCCUGCCCGCCAUCCCCGGGCAGGCCCUUGGCGCCCCCGCCGCGGGGCCCGUCCGCCCUCGGCUCGGGGGGCUGCUCGGUGCAGCAGCCCGGCCCCGCCUCACCCACUCCUCGCCGCUCCAAAGGGGCAGGAAACGGGAGUAGCAUGUCUGUCCUGGGCUCGGCUCCCCUGGGGGGAGCUCCGGGCGCUUGACAAGGGCGUCCACAGGUACCAGGCUCGGGAAUGGUCGCCGCGACGGCCCGGGGGCGUUGGCGGCCGGCGCGCCCACCGCGGGCCCGAGGCGCCCUGGGAGGUGGCCCUGGAAGCCCCCGCUCCUCGGCCACGCUCAGGUUUCCGCAGCGCCCGUGCCCCCGGCGGCCCGGGUGGGACGUGACCCCGCCCCCGGCGAGUCGGGGCGCCCCCCAAGGAGGGGUGCGCGAGCCGUCCUCAGCCCCCGGGCCGACCCCGCCGCCCCGGGCCGCGGCGGGCGCGGGAGGCCCGGCCGGGAAGAUGUCGUCUCUCGGUGCGCGCAGCUUCACGCGAGGGUCAGCGACGGGGCAGCGGCCGCCUAGCCGUGCCAGCCCUGCCCACGAACGGGCUCCCGCGGCUCGACAGCUGCCCGACGGGCUUGCAGGCUGGGGACGUCGUCGGAGCCCGGCCGGAGGAUUAUUGUGGAGUCAAAUGGACUAAUCAACAACCUCCUAUGGAAGCUGGAAGACAAUGUAUUUAGAAAGGAUUGCUGGUUCUCAUUUCUUUUUAUUUAUUUUCCUAUAAGAAAGAUUUGUUACCAAGUACCUUGUGCUUAACACUAAAUUAAGUGCUUGGAUGGAAAAAAGGAGAUUUGAAAAGUUAGAAAGCAUGGAUUUUGCUCUUGAAGACUUUGCACCAUGGAAGAGAUGCCAGGAAGAUGCGACAUACUAAGAUAACGGUGGUCGUGACAGUGAACUGCUGGAAAAUACUGUAGGCAAGAAGAACUGGAUAUAGAAUUCCACUGGGCUGUGGGCCCCACGGGACAGGAAGUUUUGUUCCUUUUGUUUAUGUUUGCUGAUACCAUGCUGGGAGCCUAGAGCAGUGCCCGGCGGAGUUGGCCCUGACUCAGUCAUUGGUGUUUAUUGAACCAAUGAAGAUCAGCGGUGCUUUGAGGGACAAAGAAGCAUGAAGGCUGGAGGGCUUUGAACGCUUGCAAAGUUUGAUUUUGACAGAGUAAGAAAGGCACAUAUGUUCUGCAGCAAAGGUUUGAUAUACUAGCGAUUAUUCCAGGUAAACUAUUCCCGCAGCUGUCACUUCAGCUAAAGUAAAGGUGAUAGAAACUAAAGUCCUUACUACUGCAAACCACACCGUGAGGCAAGUUUGCAAAUUUUAGGCCAAGUACAUCAUUCUAUUGUAGCUUCUCUUGUGAUCUAGUCUUUCUGCUCCACUUAUCUCUGCCGUCUGCAGUUUCUGGGUGUCGUCCGUAGAGUCCAUAUCAGAGCACAGCUGUUGAUAUGACAUUAUAAAGUUAGUAUCACCAGCCAACUUUUUUUUCAAAAUGCCUCUUUAAUUAUACUAAUGUUCAUUAUCUUUGGCGUGUUUAGUUUUAAAAUGACAGUCUCCUUUUUUUCCCCAAAUGCUUGCUAAAUAUUUAAACUGUGAAAUGUAUUCAGUCUUCUUUUUCUUCCUGGCUAAAUCUAUUUUUGCACCCUCUGGGGGACUGCAAAAAAAUAUUGACUGCAGUUAAGGUGAGAUUUCCACAUCAUGUUUUUUUUGCAAAUAUACUUGAUUUGCUACAGCUUGCAGUUCAUGUUUUGAUUUGGUCAUAAUUACUAGGUCUGCUUCUAUUGUUGAUCUAAUUAUCUUCUUAUUGGUAAAUUAUGUUUCCUUAGUUAAUUUUCAGUUCUUCUAUAAUUUUAUUGGUAUAAGGAAUGUGAGAGAUAUAAGAGCCAUACCUUAGUCCUUUAUUAUUGAAACUGCUUACAAGAUGUACACAUCUAUUGGGAAUUCCUUGGUCAUCCCCUGGUUAGGACUCUGAGU